AUGAAAUCAAAUAUGGCUGAAUAUCGGUGAGUUUUUAUAUGAUUUCCGGCUACAGUAAUUUUCCAAGAAAAAAUUUAAUUUAAAUUAAUGAAUUCCUAGAAAAGUACGAUUGUAAAUUAAAAAAAGAUCAAAAAUAGUGUUUUUUUCAUUAAUCCUAUCUCGCUCGCUAAAUGAAAUAGCUAAAAGCUAAUGCUGAUUCCAAAAAUAGAUUCAAAAUCUUCCCCACCUUCUUGAUUGAUUCCAGCAACGGAUUUGGAUUAGCCAAAAUGUACGCAAUGAAAAAAUACUAUGAGAAAGGUUUCUUCUAAAUUUGCACAAUUCUUAUGAUUUAUAUAGGAAUUAUUUUUAGACACGCCCACUUUAUGUUGUUGUUUUUUCUUUUUAUAUUUUAUGAACUUGUGAUUAUCCCACAUGAUUUUGAAUAUGUUUAGAACAACUUUUUGAAGAUGAUAAUUUACUAUACGACUUUGGUAAUUAGGGGGGAAAUUUGAGAGUUAAUGGGUAAUUUUUGGUUGGAGAUAAGGAAAGUUCAAAUACUACUAUACGACUUUAAUUAGAUGGUACAGAAUUUUUUCAAGAACAUUUGAAGAACUUGGAAAAAAUGUGAAGUAGAAUUUACAAGCAAAAAACGAUCGAAAAAACCUAAAGGGUUAAUGUAGUUUUUUGAAAGUUAGGCUUUUAUUGGACCUUUUUUUAAAAAUGAAUUUCAUUCAGCUUUUUUAAACCAACUUGAUUAUUAGAAUAACUAAACCCAUUAAAAGUUAAGGUAAUUCAAAUUCAAAUUUACCUAAAAAAUAUAUUUUUUUUUAGUUCGAAAACAAUUACAAAUGUUAAUAAAUAUUGGCUGAAUUGCUCAUAUUAACAUUUCAAAAAACAAUAAUUAGAACAAUUUUCGCAAGAAGAUCUUCAGGUUCAUGAUAACCAGUCAAAAGAUCAAUCUUAAGACUAAUCUUCUUUUUUAUUUUACAAAAGAUAAGAAUUCUGCAAAAUCAGUAACAAAAAAAGAUUUAUGAACUAGAAAAGUUCUCCCUAACAUCUAUUAAAAAACAAAAUCACAAGUAUUGAGUAUAUAACAUUUUUCAAAUGAAUGAAAAAUCAUCAAAAAAUUAUGCGUCACCGUUUUUUGAUGGUUUACAAUCGGUAACAAUUUCUUAUCAGUGCCGGAAUAAAAACAACUCUUCUUCCGGAAAAAAUCACUAUUACAGUAAUCGUUAGGUUUUUGAUCUCUAGGGUUUUUCUUGCAUACGAAAAUGUAAAUAUCAAUUAAGUAGAAACCAAAUGAGAUUGCUCGGCGGCGCCCUUAAUUGGCACUUUUAUGAAAAUUACGGUAGUCAAAUAGGUUUUUAGGGGGUUUUUAAUUGACUGGUACGAAAAAAUAAUGUGAUAUUUGUGAACUAGGAAUUGUACUAGUAAUUUAGAGCCCAAAAAAUUUUGAAAUGAGAUUGAAAAAGGGCCUAGAAAAAGGAGAAAAUGAAAAAUGAGGAUUUUGAAAUGUGAGAUGAGAUUAAUAGAGAAAUAAUUAGGAAAAUAUUGGAUGAAAGCACAUGAAUUAUUCAUGAAUGUACAUAUUUUACAAAUCUGAUAUUUUGACUUUUCUAGAAGGUUAUGCUUUUGCACGUAUUUGUGUUAGAUGCUUUUAAGUAAAUUAGAUUUUCUUGAUGGGAGAGUUUUGAAAUUAAAAAAUGAGAAUGUGCUUGAAGUUGGACAGGGGUGAAGUCUAGAUGUUUAGAAAGAUCUGGAUCCGAUUUUCUUUUAGAUAGAUGAAGAAGGUUUAUUGAUUUUUAAACUUUUUUUUUACGUGAAAAUUUUUUAAACCCAAAAAAAAAAGUUAAUUCACAAUUUAUUUUUUUCAUAAUCUCGAAUAAUUCUUGCAAAUUUUCUAAAUCAUAAAAAUUCCAUUAAUAAUUUUCAUUGAAAGAAACAUGAAAUUCAGAAAUUUGUUAUUCCAAGAAAAACUUUUUUUGCGAUUUCUGCUCAUUGAAAUCUUUAUACGUGUGUAUUCUCCGAAUCUUUGAAAAAUUAAUUAGACAUUUUUAAUUAGUUCAUAAUUAAUUAUUUUGAUGUUACAAAUCUCGAUUUAUUUCUGCUCAAUUUUCAAAACAUUUCAGGGAUAUUUUGAAAGUUAGGGAAAGUCAAAGAUUCGAAUUUGAUUAGGAAGCCAAAGAUUAACCUAGAUCUAGAGCUGAACUUUUGAAAAAUUCAGGUCUAGAAAAAAAGUCUAACUUUUAAGUUUAAAAAUUUCAGGAAAAAAAGCCAGAACACUUUUUUAAAACAUUUUUUAAUCCGAAACCUAUUCACUCUUUGAAUCUAAAAUAAUCUUUAUGAAAAUCCCAAACUCUAAAGUAAAACCCUAAUUAAUUUGGACAAUUUUCAGCGACACAUUGAACAUUCUCGAUUUAUCUCCACCAACUCUCAAAUUAAUGAAGCUCAAACAAAUCGGAACCGCUGAAAAACUAUUUCAUCUUCCUGGAAGCACUGGAAUUUGCGCAAAACCACUUAUUAGAGUGAGUUGAUUUUUUUCCCCAAACUUUUUAUUUUUAAUUUAACUAAUAUGACAUUUUUCAGCAAUAUCAACAACGUUUAACAGUGGUAAAGGAUCUUGAGAAACGUGAAGAGCGUAAUGAAAAUAUCAAAAAUGUGUUGGGACUCGGCGAAAUUGUUGAGGAGGAAUUCAAUUAUCCAGAAAUUAGUGCACAGGUGAGAAAAUCCUUUUUUUUUUGAAAAAGAUUUAAAUUCAAAACCCACCACAAUUAAAAAAGAAACAUAGGAGUAAUUAGAACAUCUUAAGAUUACAGGGUUAGAAGGGGCUAUCAAAUGAAGAUAGUUUUUGGGUAGCAUCAUCAUUAUGUAUGUGUUUUUUUCUCGUAAAUCUUAUCUUUUUUAUUUGACUUGCUGGGGAGAAAGUUUGGAUGAUGCAAAUUGGAAAAAAGAAGAAAAGUUGCAACUUCAUAUUUAUUCUUGUUUCAAACCAAAGAUUUUUUUUUCACGCAAAUAGUAUGAGUCAUUUUUAGGGUUUUAUAAGAUAAUUAAUUAGGAUGACUAAUUGAGGGAGAAGCUUACAAACUUAUACAAUAAAAAAAACUUUUUUUUGACAAAAAAUUAUAAAGGUUUAGUGUUCUGAGUUCAGAUCUGAGCAAUAAUUAUUCACUGACUUCUGAAUAAGUUCUGAAUCAAUUUAUAUAUAAUUCAAAUCUGUAGAUUAUGUAAAAUGGUUAUCUGUUUCAGAAUUUAUCCCAGCUAGAAGUUUUGAAAUUUUAAAUCAAUUUUGAAAGUCCAGAAAAAAAUCUCAAAAUUACAGUCUCCAAAUGUUGUCCAAGUUUCACUGAUUCCGAAUUAGUUUUUAACCGUAACCAGAACUAUCAGAUUGUAAAAAAAUAUACUACAAUUUGUUAUUAUUUUAAUUUUCCUUUUAAAUUUUAUUUUAUUUUUCAAAAAAUAAUAUUUUUAAAUCAACAUAACAUUUACUGAUUGAAAAACAAUAAUUGUAUCUUUCAAGGGAACUGUUUCAACUUUCACUCUAUAUUUCUUAAUAAAAUAUAUGUUUUCUAGUAGUUUUUGAUCAGCUGUGCCAUCAGAUCAGCUCACAAAAUCACGAUUUUUUGAAAAUUUCAAAAUGUUGACACGUCAUAACUCAUGGUACAAGUUGAGUUCUGCAAUUUUAGAUAGCAAAUUGUGAUCAGCGGCGUCAGAAACUACUAGAAAUCAUAUAUUUAGUUGAAAAUCUAGAAUGAGAAUCCAAUAUUUUUGAACAUUUCUAGUCCCUCCUCAUUAUUUAUUCAUAUUUCCAUCCUUCAUUAUUUCCAACAAUAAUUAUCUAACACCAACAAUACAAUAUUACGCUAUCGCUACCGGUGCUUUUAUGUCGAGUUUUGAACUCGAGCCGAUACACCAAGUUACGUAAUCACCCCCUUCCCUUGUCAAAACAAAAGACCAUUAGCAAGGUGUCACAUUUAUAUGAUGAUCCCACCUGAAUUCCCUCUCUCUUUUUUUGUUAGAGUUAUGACACAGGCCAAUUAUGCAUAUAAAUUGCGCAAUUUUGCGUGGGUUUUUUCCCUCUCUCGCUGCUCGCCUCUGAUUUAUGCUUUUCUCGAAUAACAAUGAGACAAAAACCCAUUUUUUAUGAUGAUCAUCGUCGUCGUAUCUAUAAAUCAAUGAAUACAGAUGUGAGAAUAUUCACACGCUUCUUAUGGUGUUUCUGUUGUAUCAAUUCAAUUGAACGAUGUGUUGCUAAAAUAUGUUAUGUUUUUAUCAAAAAACAUUUGUAUUUGGGUACGGUAGAGGAGAUGGAAAAGAAACUUUUGAAGUUUUGAACAAUUUUUGACAACAUCUGAGAAUGACAAUUUUCUAGAUAUCAUUUCUUGAAUCACCUUAUCGAAUUUCAGUUCAAAAUGAUUUUUGAAAACAUCUUGAAAUUACAAUUUUCUAGAAAUCAUUUCCUGAAUCACUUUAUAAAAUUUCAGUUCGAAACAAUUUUUGACAACAUCUGAGAAUUAAAAUUUUCUAGAAAUCAUUUCUUGAAUCACCUUAUCGAAUUUCAGUUCAAAACAAUUUUUGACAACAUCCGAAAAAUGAAAUUUUCUUGAAAUCAUUUCUUGAAUCACCAGAUCAAAUUUCAGUUCAAAACAAUUCUUUACAACAUCUGAAAAUUACAAUUUUCUUGAAAUCUUUUUUUGAAUCACCUUAUCGAAUUUCAGUUCAAACCAAUUUUUGACAACAUUUGACAAUUAACAUUUUCAGCUGAAAACGUAGAUUUGCAGGUUAAUAAUUUUAAUAUUAUAAAAUCCGAAUUUCAGUUUUUAAAACCACUGAAAUUUUUUUUUAAUUCUGAAAUAAAGUAAAGGCACAAAAUUACAGUUUCGAAUUUCUGAUCAUUUUUUGGGAAAAUUCCAGAACCUAAUAUUUUUGGCUUCAAAGCGCUUUAGGUCAUUGAAAAUUCAAAAUUAAUAAUUUUCAACCACGGAAUUUGGAUCCUCAAAACAUUUUUUGAUAGUGAGAAACACAAAUUUUCCACAUCUAGAAGAAGAAUAUCAUUUGAAUUUUGGACUUCUGAAAAUCUUAGUCCCCAGAAUUUUCAAAUAAAUCUCUCCCCCCUACAGUAAUCCACUUCCCCUUAUUCUCCUAAUCCGCAACACACAUUUUUUUUGUUGCUAACAAGCGGUUUGUCAAAAUACCAUGUCAUUACAAUAACUUGACACCCUCUCAUUGACCGUCUGUCAUUUUUCUUACACCAACCGCCAGAAAAUCAAUUGGUGGGUCGGCACCCGUUUAAAGUGGGUGGCAAAACGAUUAUUAAACACUUAAUUGUUUCGUCUUGUACACUAAAUCAGUAAGUGGAUUCUUGGGAGAAGUAGCGAGGAGGUGGUAACAUAUGGACAACAUGGUCCUUGAACCCCCCCGUAAAGAUGUGUGAAAGUAUGUUCAUAUUCUUGAGAGAGAGAGAUGGAAAAUCCACUCAACUACCGUAUACUUUUUCCAUCCUCUCUCGGUCAGUAACGGCUGGCUGGUUAUGGAAAAGACGGAUUAUCGAGUUUUUUUCUCUUCGCGAUGACUGUAUGUCAAGUGCACCUUUAAUCGACUUUGCAUACAGAUUUUGAAAUGAAAUUUUAUAAAUAACAUGAAUAAAUCUAUAUCCGCCUUGAGAGAGAGAGAUACUGUAGAGAAAAUGUGACGUUCUUUUUUUUUCAGGAUCCCGCAUUCGUUGAUGAUUUCGAAGAAGUUGGAGCUGUCGAUUUUGAGAACUAUGAAAAUAAUCAUCAAGUUCAAUUGCAAGAUGAGACCGAAUUGAUGCCAGUUAUGCAAGCAGCUAUGGAAUUGACUGAUGAUUCAUUUUCACCAACUGAUAAGAAGAAAAAACGAGAGGUAAUCGAUUUGAAACAAACCAGGCAUUCGGCGAAAAUUUUACGAAUUUCCCGGUUUUCCGGAUUUUCUGAAUAUAAAAAUCCGGAAGAUUUGCGAUUUUUUUUGGAAAAAGUUGUCAGUUCCAAAUAUUUGGAGCUACAAUUUCAGCUUUAUGAAAUACUCUAAAUGUAAGAAACAUAAUUCUGAUAGAUCAAAAUGACUACAAAAAUGUAGAAAGUUUUGAUCUACCAUUUUGAAUUUUUUUUUAGAUUUCAAAACAUUUUUUUUCCCGGAAACAUUCCAUGGUAGAUCAAAAUGUAUGCUGUAAAAUAGAAAUCUUCAUUUAUAUUCUUUGUGAAACAAAAAGAUUACUGUAGUGUCUUUCUCAAAAUUUUGAUAUAAUUAUUCAGAAUCAGUUCUCAAACUUUUUCCCCCAUCAAAAUCCCCCAAAUUUCACCGAAUUUUUCGAUUCUCAAAUAUUGUGACCUUGAAACUCUUGCGCAAUUCUUUUCAAAAAAAAAGAUUCCGAACACAAAAACCCGCGCGCCCUUUUCAUACAUUUCCCACAAAACAAAAACAUCAAAGCCCCGUGUCUCCAAUUAGUGGAAGAUAUCUUUCUUUUUUAUUUUACAAUUUCAUUCAAUAUUUGUCAAACCCCCCCCCCCCCCAAAUUUCCUAGAGGUAAAGGGUUGUUUCUCAAGAUGAACACCCCAAGAUACUGUAAACAUUGCAGGUUCUUCUAAUACACAUAUACAUAUAAAUAAUAAUAAUAAUAUAAUAUUUUUUUGUAAUAACAAUAGGUGUAUGUCUCCAUGAGAAUGUUUCAUUUCUUUUGUUCGUGCCGAUGAGACAUCUCGAGAAGAAGAAAAAAACUGAUUAUUGAUUGAUGAAUUUUGUCUGAAAAUAGAAUAUUUUGAUUUAGAAUCAAGAGAAUCACAACCACCCAAAUAUAUAAAUCUAAAAUAAUUCCAGCGAUUGAUGGAAGAAGAGGAGCCAGCAGUUGAUGGUGAUGAUGAUAAUCGUUGGUCAAAACGCACACAAUCAGUGCUCAACUCAAUUGUCAAUAAAAUCAAUCAUUCGGAAGAAGAAGAGGUAAGCAACAUAUGUAUUUCCCCGAAACUUUUUUCUUCAAAAAUUUUUUCCGUCUCCAACAAAAAAAAUUUGUUAUAAGUAUGUCCAUAUGUGUGCGCGUGAAGUGGACGCAAUUGCACUACUGACAAGGACAUCCUAAACAACUAACUGACAAAAAAUAAUAUUUUUGAAAUUGUAAUAUUUUUUGAACCCCUCAAGCUCUCAAAAUUUGACCAAAAAAAAGAAGAAGUUUUUGGAUUCUGUGAAUAGAUUUUCACAUGAUUAAAUAUUUUAUAUAUGGGCAGAAGACGAAGAAGUUGCAUUUUUGAUGCGGUUUUGACGAGAGUACUGUAGAUUUGAUGUGACUUUUCGAAGAUUUUAGAGAACAUUGGAUAACCUACGAGUUUCAGAGAAAGUGGUCCUGGGUGGAAAGGAAAAAUAAUACUGUAACUUAGAAUUUCUGUCAGCUAACUCUAGCUAGAAUUUUUAAAAUACGGCAUUUCAAAUAUACUGUACUUUCAAUAUAUGAUAAACCUGUUCAGGUUACUGUAGACAAUUUUUGCAAUUCUCAAUAGUUCCAGAAUUUUGCUGGAGCGUAAAAAUUCUAUUAGAAAAUGCUCUACAGUACCUUUGAAACGUCAUUUCUUGAAAAUACAAAAACUACAAGAUUCCAAGUUUCAAAUAAGGAUCUAGUUUGAAAUCAACAAGGCAUCUGGGUACUGUAUCUUCUUCUGAAAAUGCCUCUUAAUUUCUAAUAGCUCCGGAAGUUUCUACAGUAGCUUUGUGGCUUAAAUUCUGGAAUUUUUGAAAACCAUUAACACCUAAAAUACCCCCACUAUCCAUAAUUUCGCCUCUCAAAAAAAAGUGUAUUUUAAUUUAUUCAACUUCCCUUUCUCAUUCUUCUUAAUUCUUUAUUCCACCAUGGUUUUUCUCUUCUUCUUCGGUUUUUUGUUGCCCAUCCAUCUCCACGACAACCCAAUGUUGCAUAAUGAUAAAUUAUGUGUUUUAAAUCUUUCCCCGCGCUAAAACUACUUUGCGCAACUCGACAAUAUGUUAUAUGUUAAGUGUGAAGAAGUGCCAUAUGUUGAUUUAUUCAAAAAAAAAUCAUUUUAAUGAGUUUUGUUAGUUUAAUUGAAAGGCAUGCUAAUUGGGCACACAAAAGUUUGAUUUUUCAAAACUUUUUUGAUUAAUGAGACACCUGCCAAUUAGCGAGAACAAAAAAAUUUGAAUUCGAAUUUCUAAAAAGCAAUUUUUGUUGCAGAUUUCUUUGGAUGACUUGCUGACAAAAGGAUCAACGCGCAAAACUGCGGCUCAGAAAUUCUACACACUAUUGGUGCUCAAAAAAUGGCAAGCCAUUGAAUUGCAACAAGCUGAACCAUACGAGGAGAUUUUCAUCUCAACUGGCCCCAAUGUUGGACAAACCCUUGGACAGUAA